AUUAACUACAGCGGUGGGUAAACAGGUUUGUCUGUGUGAGUGAGGGAGGGUAGAGAGGCUUUAUAAAUGAGCUGAGGUGUGACCUGUUGUCUUCGCCACUGAAGUCACUGGAAACCAUGAGACUGCUUGUUCUGCUGGUGCUGGUUGGUGCUGCUGUGGCAGUGCCCAGGGAGGAUGGCAGGAUCAUUGGGGGGUCUGACUGCACCCCAAACUCCAAGCCGUGGAUGGCGUCCCUGAAUUACGGAUACCACUUCUGUGGAGCGGUGCUCAUCAACGAGCAGUGGGUGCUCUCUGUGGCCCACUGUUGGUUCAACCCCUAUGCCAUGCAGAUCAUCCUGGGAGAGCAUAACGCACGGGUGUUUGAGGGCACAGAGCAGCUCUUGAAGACUGAGAACAUCGUCUGGCAUCCCAGCUAUGACUACCAAACCCUGGACUAUGACAUCAUGCUGAUCAAGCUGUUCCAUCCAGUGAAGCUGACGGGCGCGGUGAAGCCCAUCCCUCUGCCCUCUGGCUGUCCUUACGGGGGCAUGCCGUGCACUGUGGCCGGCUGGGGCAAGACCAGCCCAGAUGGCGACUACAUUACCAGCGAUACCCUUCAGUGUCUGGAUGUGCCCAUCGUUGACAGUGUGGAGUGUGAGAACUCCUACCCUGGCAUGAUCAGCCCGAGAAUGGUGUGUGCUGGCUUCAUGGACGGAGGCAAAGACGCAUGCAAUGGUGACUCUGGCAGUCCUCUUGUAUGUCUUGGAGAAGUGCACGGGCUGGUGUCCUGGGGACAAGGCUGUGCCCAGCCUGGCUACCCUGGGGUCUAUGUCAAGGUCUGCGAGUUCCUGUCCUGGAUCAAGGAGACCAUGGCGGCCAACCCAUGAGACAUUUCCACCUCUCCGUCAUCUCUUCCCUCUGUCCUCCACCUGAAACCCCAUCACCUGCUCCAUGCUCACCUCCCUUGGUCCUUGUGCUUGCUUCUCUUGAGUUUGAAGUGUAGCCAGACUGAAACGGGUUAUGGUUGUAAGCAUCAACAUGGAAAAAAAUAAACACUAUACAAGUA